UGGGCGCGCGAAAAGUAGAGGUUCUCAAUAGCUGCGGAUGAAACGACUAAAAAACGACACGCCUAGUUGAGAACAUCUUAAAUUACAUUUCAGUGACGACUGACCGACUUCUUAAUGAACUUAAUGAAGACCAUGUUCUAUCAUCUGCGUGACAAUACUUUCGUUUCGUCACGUUUUGCACGCGCUAGGUUUGUUCGUGUUGCAUGAACGUUUUGCACUUUCGCAGUACACGUACACUCAGGCGUAGAGAGAGAGAGAGAGAGAAGGAAUAGACGUUGGUAGAAGAUAGAACGAACCAACACGAAAAAUUCACGCAACGCGACAAGCUUAUUAUUGGGCUGAGUGUUACAGAAUUUCAACAACUUUCAUGAUAUUCUCUACUUGUUUCGCAUCUGUCAAGACAAUUGUGCACAUGUUUCGCAGCACUUGCUGCGUGUCGAGCACUCACGCUACAGAUGCGACAAAAAUUCCAUAGAUGCCUUAUUAUGCCGAGUCUGAAGAUCCUGAAGACCCUAGAGAUCCUGAAGAGAAAGUCAACGGAAUACCGUUUUCUCGAAAUCUAAACUCACCGAUAACGGAUACGUAAACGAGAGUGGUUCUCCGCCGAGCGGUGCCUUGAGUCAAGGUCGGUUACUCUCGCCGUAACCUUUCACCUUUCGCUCGCCGGUGCGUCAGCGCUACAGUGGAGGGAUCGAAUUUAUCGGAGCUUAGUUUGCCGAAGAAUUUUGCGAAGCUUCGCAGUAUGUGAUACAUAUGUGUCUUAUCGGCGCGCUUUACGGCGGUGCUUCUUCCGUUGUUCGACCAUCAGCAGUUCGAUCAUCGAUGAAACAUCGCAGAUAACGUAGGAGAACGGGAUGCACAGGUUAUCUGCCGUUCGUGUCGCGAAAGAGGUGACUUUUUGUGACUACAGCUGCCGGCGACAGCUCAUGGUACGACAUGGUGGCAAGAAAAAGGAGGAUUAUGUGCACAGGAGAGGAGACCGGUUGGGCGGGAGGGGUUGAUAAGAGAAAUCGAAUCGUGCUACGUGGAAUUGUGAAAGUGAAGGUAUCCCGCCAUCGCCGCUGCCGCUGCCGCUACCACUACUACCUGUGAGACGAGCCAACUGAUCUCUAUGAAUACCUGUUGCUCGUCGCUGAUCCCUCGUCGAUCGUUCUGUCCUUGGUCCGCGCUCGUAUUGCGAGCUGCCAUAUCGCGGAACUUACCGAGAAUACGGCGCCGAUAAACGCGCGAUAAGGGGAUAUACUCUCUGCCGCAUGCGACUCGCCUGCAAGUGUCAAACAUAGACACGUUGCACGAAUAUGGAGCACCUAAGGAGGAAGCUGAGCGAGUACGGCCAAGACCAUCUGCUGCGAUUUUGGAACGAGCUGACCGACGAAGACAGGGACCAGCUGGAGAAUGACAUAGACGAGUUGGAUUUGCGAGAGGUCACAGCGUACUUCAAGAGAACUAUGGAGUCUUCGCAGCAUAUUGGUAACAACAUGCUGGACGACAAGGUACAGCCAAUCGACGAGAAGAAGAUUGCGUCCAUCAAAACGUCCACGACAGAAGAAUUGAAGACGUACGAGGAGCUCGGCUUGAAAGAAAUAGCCGAGGGUCGUAUCGCUGUACUGUUGAUGGCGGGUGGUCAAGGCACGCGUCUGGGAGUCACGUAUCCGAAAGGAAUGUUUGACGUCGACUUGCCGUCACACAAGACCCUGUUCCAGUUGCAGGCAGAGAGAAUACUCCGUUUGCAGAACAUGGCAGAACGGCGCUAUGGAAAGCAUGGAGAGAUAACUUGGUACAUCCUCACCAGUGACGCUACUCAUGACGCUACCGUCACCUACCUGAGAGAACAUAAAUAUUUUGGUUUAAAAGAAAACAAUGUCGUAGCCUUCAAGCAGAGUAUGCUGCCGUGUUUCACGUUUGACGGGAAGAUUAUCUUGGAUGCGAAACACCGGGUCUCCAAGGCACCUGACGGCAACGGCGGAUUGUAUCGUGCACUGAAAGUUCAAGGAAUAUUGGACGACAUGACACGACGCGGCAUUCGAAGUAUUCAUGCACAUUCCGUGGACAAUAUCUUGGUAAAGGUAGCAGAUCCCAUAUUUCUGGGAUACUGUUCGUUUUCCAAAGCGGACUGCGGAGUUAAAGUUAUCGAGAAGUCCUCCCCCUCCGAAGCAGUUGGCGUAGUUUGCAAGGUGGAGGAUCAUUAUCAAGUGGUCGAGUACAGCGAGAUCACGAAGCAGACGGCGGAACUUCGCCGCGCUGAUGGGCAACUGGCGUACAAUGCAGCUAACAUAUGCAAUCAUUACUUCACGGUCGAUUUCCUCAAGGAUAUCGGUUAUCAUCGCGAGAAAGAUUUGAGCCUGCACGUGGCGAGGAAGAAAAUCCCGUAUACCAACGACGAGGGGGAAAGAAUCACUCCGAAAGCCCCGAACGGCAUAAAAAUAGAAAAGUUCGUGUUCGACGUAUUUCCGUUCGCGAAGAACAUCGCGGUGUGGCAAGGCACCCGCGAGGAGGAGUUCAGUCCGCUCAAGAAUUCCGACUCCGCCGAUCAGGACUGCCCGUGUACCGCUCGUGCCGAUCUGCUCAAUCUGCAUAAGAAAUGGCUGUUGGACGCGGGCGCAAAAUACGUCGGCGAGAACGUCGAGGUCUCGCCGCUGCUGUCGUACGCGGGGGAGGAUCUUUAUCAAAUUGCGAGCAACCAGUCUUUCGCGGGACCUCGGAUCCUCAACUAAUAAGAAUAGAAAGAUCCCAUCAAUAGAUAACGAUGCGCGUAACGUAGAUAACGAGAUAUCUGGAAGGUUGACGGCAUUUCUAUGAAGCACAAGAUUAAAUAGUUUUAAUAUCGUUUAUAAAUGAUAGUAUAAUUUUUAUAUACCAUUUUGAGACUUAUACGCGGCUUAUAUCUCCCUGCUUACGACGUACGGAUAAGGAGUUGAUUGCUGUAUAAAUUAAAUAAAAGAAUGUGUAAAAAA